AGAUGCAUGCACUCCAAUUACAUCAGGUGCCACCACUGAAUUAAAGGCCUCUUGUGUUGUUGGAACUGAUGGAGCUUAUAGAUGGUUACCUAUUGGAAAAUGUUAGAAAUUUGGAUAGUACCAAAAUUGAGCAAAAAAAGGGUAUAAAUGACUAAUGCAAGCUUAUCUAUGUCAUAGGAGGAUCAUGCACAACUGAUAGAACCAAAUUCAUUCCAUAAUCGACUUGCUCAAGCUAUAUUGAAGCUGGAUGUUUCAAUGGAAAAGCCAGAAAACGUUUAUUCUCAUUACCAGUUAGAACUACUACAGGAAAUAAAUCCUGAAGAUUAAAAUAA